AUGUCGACGAUCUGCACCUUGGGGCUGGACCCGGGGGGCUCUAGAUGUCUGGAGGUCGCGUACAUGUCAGUUGGUGAGAUGGACCGAUACUACUUGUGUCUCGCACGCGUUGUCCUGGGACAGGAUGUCGGUAUCGCCGAGAGUGAGCAACAAGUCGAGGUCGUGGGUAGCGAUUCAGCGGUCGUACGGCCGAUGGCUUUUCUUCUGUCGUAG